AUGAUUCGCUAUUGUUUUCUCUGCAUUUUCCUAUUUAUUUUUUACCAAGUAUCAUCUGAUAAUCUUAGUACACUUUCAACCACUACGACAACAACAGCAACAGCAACAUGUAGUCAAGAGAAAAAAAAUCGUACUGAUUUAAUCGAUGAUUGUAACUGUCGAAUUGCUGAUUUAAACGAUUUAAAUAAUAAUAAAAUCUAUCCCGUAUUAGAAUUAUUAACACAAAAAAAUUAUUUUCGUUUUUAUCCUGUAAAUUUGAAAAAACAAUGUCAAUUUUGGAUUGACGAUAGUAAAUGUGUAUUAAAAGAUUGUGCUGUUAAACCAUGUCCCAUUGAUCAAUUACCUGAAACAUUACGACAAAAUAAAAAUCAUGAUGAAUAUGGAAAGUAUCGUCAAGAAUUACAAACAAAUGAACAAGAACAAUGUAUUGAUGUUAGCAAUGAUGAUUUAUCAUUAGGAGAAUUAAAUAAAGAUUUAAGUGAAGAAGAUAAACAAACAAUUAAAAAAUGGAUACAAUUUGAUGAUAAUAAAUUAGAUAAUUUUUGUGAUAUUGAUGAUGAAACAUCAUCAGAUAUAGAAUAUAUUGAUUUAUCAUUAAAUAGUGAACGAUAUACUGGCUAUAGUGGUGAAUCGACAAAACGUGUUUGGACAGCUAUCUAUAAUGAAAAUUGUUUUUUUAUGUCCGAUUCAAAAGCAUAUUAUAAUUUAAGACAAAAACGACAAAAUUUUAGACAAUUAUGUUUAGAAGGACGUACAUUUUAUCGUUUAAUAUCUGGUUUACAUUCAAGUAUAAGUAUUCAUUUAUGUUCAAAAUAUUUUUUUCCCGGUUAUUUAGGUUUAAGUGAUCGUUGGGGACCUAAUACUCAAGAAUUUUCUCGACGAUUUGAUCCGAAAAAAACGGAUAGUGAAGGUCCAUUAUGGUUAAAAAAUUUAUAUUUUAUUUAUUUAGUUGAAUUACGAGCUUUAGAUAAAGCCAUUCCAUAUUUAGAACGAGUAACUUAUUUUACAGGAAAUGAAACAGAUGAUAAAGAUACAAAAAAUCUAUUAAAAAAUCAAUUAUUUAAUGAAAUACAAAAAUUUUCACAUCAUUUUAAUGAAACUGAUUUAUUUAAAGAUAAUGAACAAUUAAAAUAUGAAUUUAAAGAACAUUUUCGUAAUAUAAGUCGAAUUAUGGAUUGUGUAGGAUGUGAUAAAUGUAAAUUAUGGGGUAAAUUACAGAUACAAGCAUUGGGUACAGCAUUAAAAAUUUUAUUUAAUCAAAAACCAAUUUAUGCAUUUCAAUUACAACGAUCAGAAAUUGUUUCGUUAAUAAAUGGUUUUGCUCAAUUAUCUUAUUCAAUUGCACAAUUAGAAAAACGAUUUAAACCAUUUGUAGCUAUAACAUGA